AGUCGGGGGUGCGGGGCUGUGACCUAGAGGCUUCGGUGUCGAUCCCCGAGGUGUUCGCGCGCGCCAGCUGUCCUCGCGGCCGCCUGCGCGCUGGCCGCCUGCGCGCUGCCAGCCCGCCCGCCCGCCAGGGGCUCCGCCGCCCUCGCCUCGGCCUCGUUAGCCCGCCAGGAGCCCCGCAGCUCCUCCGGGAGCCCGCUGGUAACUCGCGUCCCUCGCGCUUCUCCGGCGCCUGAGGGGCCCGCCUCGGGCCAUGGUGCUCUCCCAGGAGGAGCCGGACUCCGCGCGGGGCACGAGCGAGGCGCAGCCGCUCGGCCCCGCGCCCACGGGGGCCGCUCUGCCGCCCGGCCCGGGACCCUCGGACAGCCCCGAGGCGGCUGUCGAGAAGGUGGAGGUGGAGCUGGCGGGGCCGGCGACCGCGGAGCCCCAUGAGCCCCCCGAACCCCCCGAGGGCGGCUGGGGCUGGCUGGUGAUGCUGGCGGCCAUGUGGUGCAACGGGUCGGUGUUCGGCAUCCAGAACGCUUGCGGGGUGCUCUUCGUGUCCAUGCUGAAAACCUUCGGCUCCAAAGACGAUGACAAGAUGGUCUUUAAGACAGCAUGGGUAGGUUCUCUCUCCAUGGGGAUGAUUUUCUUUUGCUGCCCAAUAGUCAGCGUCUUCACAGACCUAUUUGGUUGUCGGAAAACAGCUGUCGUGGGUGCUGCUGUUGGAUUUGUUGGGCUCAUGUCCAGUUCUUUUGUAAGUUCCAUCGAGCCUCUGUACCUUACCUAUGGAAUCAUAUUUGCCUGCGGCUGCUCCUUUGCAUACCAGCCUUCAUUGGUCAUUUUGGGACACUAUUUCAAGAAGCGCCUUGGACUGGUGAAUGGCAUUGUCACUGCUGGCAGCAGUGUCUUCACAAUCCUGCUGCCUUUGCUCUUAAGGGUUCUGAUUGACAGCGUGGGCCUCUUUUACACAUUGAGGGUGCUCUGCAUCUUCAUGUUUGUUCUCUUUCUGGCUGGCUUUACUUACCGACCUCUUGCUACCAGUACCAAAGAUAAAGAGAGUGGAGGUAGCGGAUUCUCCCUCUUUUCCAGGAAAAAGUUCAGUCCUCCAAAAAAAAUUUUCAAUUUUGCCAUCUUCAAGGUGACAGCUUAUGCAGUGUGGGCAGUUGGAAUACCACUUGCACUUUUUGGAUACUUUGUGCCUUAUGUUCACUUGAUGAAACAUGUAAAUGAAAGAUUUCAAGAUGAAAAAAAUAAAGAGGUUGUUCUCAUGUGCAUUGGCGUCACUUCAGGAGUUGGACGACUGCUCUUUGGCCGGAUUGCAGAUUAUGUGCCUGGUGUGAAGAAGGUUUAUCUACAGGUACUCUCCUUUUUCUUCAUUGGUCUGAUGUCCAUGAUGAUUCCUCUGUGUAGCAUCUUUGGGGCCCUCAUUGCUGUGUGCCUCAUCAUGGGUCUCUUCGAUGGAUGCUUCAUUUCCAUUAUGGCUCCCAUAGCCUUUGAGUUAGUUGGUGCCCAGGAUGUCUCCCAAGCAAUUGGAUUUCUGCUCGGAUUCAUGUCUAUACCCAUGACUGUUGGCCCACCCAUUGCAGGGUUACUUCGUGACAAACUGGGCUCCUAUGAUGUGGCAUUCUACCUCGCUGGAGUCCCUCCCCUUAUUGGAGGUGCUGUGCUUUGUUUUAUCCCAUGGAUCCAUAGUAAGAAGCAAAGAGAGAUCAGUAAAACCACUGGAAAAGAAAAGAUGGAGAAAAUGUUGGAAAACCAGAACUCUCUGCUGUCAAGUUCAUCUGGAAUGUUCAAGAAAGAAUCUGACUCUAUUAUUUAAUAUCUUACAUACCUCCACCAGACUGGACUUGCUUUUUGAAUUUUAAGCAAGUUUCCUUUCCUUUUAUACAAAUUGCAAAUUUCAUAUUUUUUUAAUGACAUCCUAGAAAUAGCACAAUAAUUGGGAAAUAGAACCCUUAUCACUAGAAGAACCAUUUUCUGCUACUAAAUAUCUCUGAUGUUUCCAUGAGUCUGAGGGCAGAGACUCUGGUAUAUGAAAACAUGUCUGAAAGUCACAUAUUGUGAAAAUUUGAAGCUAUCUCAGUAAAAAGCAGCUUUGGAAACUGUGAAUGAUCUUUAGCUUGUACAAAUGUUUAAAAAUACCUCAGGCUAUACUGAAAGGGUUGCAGUUUGGUUAGGAGUGGAAAUAUUUUGUUUGUUAAUGAUGUCUUCAGUUCUGGUACCUCUGUUUUACUUUCUUAUGCUCUUUGGAAACUUUUUGCAAAAUUUAAGCCUGGGUUCUAGAUAAUACCAGAUCUACCUAAACCUCAAGUCUAUGUUAAAGUUGCUUUCCUGCUGUUAAAUAAGCUAUGAUAUUAAGAUAUUCUGACUUGCUCCAGUGUCAAGGGACCUUCUGGGAGCAGGUGCUAACAAAGUGUUCAGAAUCAAUAUGUGAGAUGAAAAGGAUCCUCUCCAGGAGGAUCCUGAGCUGUUCAGAAAUCAUUUAAGUUUACAGCAUUGUUCCCUUUGCGUUUGCAGUGUGUUUUACUCAAGUAGCCAGAAACACCCCACGUUUCUGAAUUUGUUUAAACUGUAACAAUAAAGUAAAAUAGAAUGCAUGAAAGAUA